AAAAAAAAAAGGUGGGGGGGGAAAAAGAUAAAAAGCAGAUGAGAGAAGGAAAACCCCGAGAGGUAUUUUGACUGUCAUCGUCAAAAAUCAAAGACCCAUAAUAAUGCACACGUUCAAAGAGAAGGUGUCGGAGAGGCUGUCCCGGCUCUUCGCUGAUUCCCCCAACUCCGUGCCCUCCUCUCCUCCCUCACCGCAGGCCAGGCCAAAUUCAAAAGAGGGGAAAUCUUUGUCUUCGUAUUUUUCCUACAUUAUCCCUUCAGCUGGGUUUGACGGAUCCAGAUCCAACAAUCAUCAACAUUGUCUCAAACCGAUUCAAGCACCCCCUGUAAGACAUAGCAAUGUGAAGUUCAAAGCUCUAGAUGAGUCUUUGGAUAACUAUGUAAACUGUAAUCCAGUAUCUGAGAAGAAGUUGUUAACUCCAACUAAUCAAGAAGAUGAUGAAGAACCAGCUUCUGGAAGAAGCACUAGUGGGUCUGAAAUGUUUGAAGAAGCAACACACAGUCCACAGAAACCUUUAUCCUAUCUCAUGGAUGAGUCGGUUUUUAUAUCCACAUACUUGUAUGAAUUCUUGCUGUCAUCCCUUCCUAAUAUUGUAAAGGGGUGCCAAUGGGUCUUGUUGUACAGUACGUUGAAACAUGGUAUAUCACUGCGUACACUUAUUCGCAAGAGUGCUGACCUUUCUGGCCCAUGUUUGCUGAUUGUUGGUGAUAGGCAAGGUGCUGUGUUUGGUGGGCUGCUGGAAUGUCCCUUGAAGCCUACAGCAAAGAGAAAAUAUCAAGGAACAAGCCAAUCAUUUGUAUUUACGACCAUAUAUGGCGAGCCGAGACUAUUUAGACCAACUGGAGCCAAUCGAUAUUAUUACUUGUGUUUGAAUGACUUACUAGCAUUUGGCGGGGGCGGUAACUUUGCUUUGUGCUUGGACGGAGAUCUGUUAAGUGGAACCAGUGGACCUUGUGAAACAUUUGGGAGUUUAUGCUUGGCUCAUAACCAAGAGUUUGAGUUAAAGAAUGUUGAGCUAUGGGGUUUCACGCAUGCAUCGCAUUACCUUGCCUAAGACGAGGCUUUCAGAUGCUUUAUUUAUUUGGCUUUGUUGACCUAUUGUGAUCCUAUUCUUUAUUCAUUUACGUUGCCCUCCUUUCAGAUUUAGGAGGGCUAUGAUUAUUUGUAUAUGAGACGAUGAAUUUCCAUUUGGUGAUUAAUAGAUUUCGAAUUUUUGUUGAAA